UCAGGUUAGAAAAUGAAAGCUGCUGCAGUUCCACUGCUCUCCAUUCCGUUGUAAAUUUGGUUAGCUUUAGCAGCUGGAGAUUGAGGUAGCAGCUUCACAUUUCUUGUCUUCUGAAUAUAGCCUCAGAUUUCCUGUUUCAUAGGCGUUGAGCCCUGUUGUUCAACAGCCUGAUCGAAAGAUCUUUUUGUGCACACUCCUUGCCUUGGCAUGGAGGCAAGCAGAUCAGAAAUUUCUGCAGCUGAUGAGAGCGAGGAAGUAACGUAUGUUUCUGUCAAAUUCUCUCAGACUCCUCCACCAAGGGCCAAAGCUCCACAGGAUAAAAGAGUUCCCCAUCUGCAGUCUGCAGUUCUGAAGGGCUUGGCCAUAGGCUUUGGGAUGCUGAGCAUCUCCCUAGCAAUUGCUUUGAUUUGGAAGAUGAGCGACUGCCACCCACACUGCCCUCAAGAGUGGGUGGCCUACAGAGGGAGCUGCUACUCCAUCUCCACGGAGAAGAAGGACUGGAAUUCCAGCCAGGAAUCCUGCAGGGCACAGGGAGCUCACCUCCUGGUGAUCAGUGAUACCUGGGAGAUGGAUUUGUUCAAGAGCAUUCAAGCAGAAAGUUUCUGGAUUGGACUGAGGAACAGUACAAGCUCUGGAUGGAUUUGGGAGGAUGGCUCUGUAUUAAGUGAUGCCAAGGUCCACUCUAACAGCCCUGUGCAAAAUUGUGCUGUCCUGAUGAAAGAUCAGUAUCAUGCCUCCAGCUGUGAAGUUUUUGCUCGAUGGAUCUGUGAGAAAAUUCUUAGAUAAAUCCCAUGUGCUUUUUAAUCUCACAACGGCCUCAUCAGUGGUAUGAGUUGAUCACUGUCCUGCAAACUGAAGCUUCACACAAGAGCAGGGACUUGCCUUUUCCAUACCCUCACUCCAGUGUUUUACAAAGACAGGUUUGUUGUCCAUAAGGGUGAGUUACUCUCAGCAGCAGAUCUAUUCUCAGUCUGUAGGUGCUGGAUUACUGCUGUUUGUGACCUGGUGAGACAUGGGGCAUAUUCCCUGGCCUACUCUUCCCCUUAUUUAUCCUAUAAGGGCAAAUAAAUCUUUGUCACAACAGGUGUCUUCAGAUCUCUGAGGGGGACCUAGUCAUUUCCCCUCACUUUUCAGAUUUCAUUUCCAUUCCCUGCAUCUCCAUUGUCUGAUAUUAGAAGGAUCAGGAAAAUGCUGUUCAUUGACAGAAACAUAUAAACAGAUUUCUCCCAGUGGCAGCUUCUCCUUUUGCAUCCCAGUAGUAUGAGUGGGAGAGAAGAGGGUGAAAUGAAACUACAGCUUCUGUAAAUCCAGCAAUGAAAAUAAAUCUCCAGGA